CUGUCGUCAUCUGAACUUUAAUUUUCUUUUGCAGUAGACACUUUUCUUCAUGAGCACUCCUUUCAUUUUGUCACAGUCCUUCACCUUUUAAAUAACCAAACAAAUGCAAAUAUGACUUCAUUAUACCACCAUACCACAUUAUACACUGCUUCAUUAAAAAAGAAAGUGAAAAAUAAGAUCAUCAAACAAAAAGAAGCAGAAUGGGUGAUUGGGGGCCUGUUUUCGUGGCGGUGGUGUUGUUCAUAUUACUAACACCAGGGCUUCUUGUACAGAUUCCUGGUCGCAGCAGGGUGGUUGAGUUUAGUAGCUUCAACACGAGCGGUCCUUCCAUACUGGUUCAUUCGCUCAUCUUUUUCACUUUGAUCAGCAUCUUAUUGCUAGCUGCUGGUGUUCAUGUCUACAUAGGCCCGGUAACCGGGAAGAAUAGAAGAGAGAUAAUGGCAGAUUGGGCACCAGUACUAGUAGGAGUAGUACUAUUCGUGUUAUUGUCACCGGGAUUACUGUUUCAGUUACCGGGUUACAACCGAUCUGUUGAGUUCGGAGGUAUGAAGACUAACGGCAAAGCCAUCUUUAUUCAUACUCUUAUUUUCUUUGCUCUUUAUACUAUUUUCAUCCUCGCCGUUCGUAUUCACAUUUAUACUGGCUGAUCUAACGCUUCUUAAUCUUCAUUUUGCUUUGAUGUUCAAAUAAUUUUUGAAUUUGUAUUUUGGGUUUGUAAUUUCCUAAUUGGACUCAUGAAAGGUAAUUGCUCUUUUAUUUUCUUGUCAAAUUAAAAUUAGUUUGUAGAAUUAUUACCCCAAAAAAAAAAAAAAAAAAAAAAAAAGAAGAAGAAAAGCAAAUGGGUAAAGAUUGGGUUCUUUUUUAGCA